UCUAGCAGAAAAAAUGCCUCAUUAAUUUCAAUUUAUAUAAAAAAUACAAAAAAAUGUUAAUACGGAAAUGAAAUAGACAAAAUGAAUUUCUUCAGGUUGCUUAACAAUAACGUUUUGCGAAUGAUCCCACGCCAGGUGUGCAAUUUGGAAUUCAAGAGAUUCAGGAAACCGUCGCCAUGCGAUGUUUGUCUAUACACCCCAGAGAAGAGACCAUGCUUUGACAUCCGCAAUGUAUCAAUCGAACAAGGAACCAACAAACAUGGCAAAUUGAUACGUUCCUUCCUUUGUAGCCACUAUUGGCCACGCGAGCCAAGUGUUGUGGGACUCUGGAUGUGUCACAACUGUAGCUAUCUUGAUGUCCUUACUGAUAAAUAUUCACUCUCUGGUGAUCGUUUUAUAGCAUACGAGUACAUACCACGUACAAAUGAACGAAAGAUGGUUGGUGUAUGUGUUGCCAAUAGGGUCUACCCGUGGGCCAUAGAUGAGUUGGAAGAAUGGGCGCACUCUACGAGUCCGCGUCCGGAAAGGAACCGGAUGUACUUCAUAGCACACUGUCUGCGGAGUCCCAAUCUGUUUAAGAAGUACGAUGUGCCGUACUUGUAUGAUGUGGAAGUACUAGCGACAUCUUCGGAGGUGGCAGCACAAGGCGUGGGGUCUUUACUCUUACGGAGGGUUUUGCAGUACGCUGAGGAGAUGCGGUUGCCGCUCGUGCACGUUAUCGCUGUCAGCCACUAUACAGCCAAAAUGUGUGAGAAGUGUGGAAUGAAGCUGGAGUGGUCGAUGGACUAUAGCGAGUUCAUCGAUGAUGCCGGUCAAAGAGUCUUCUUCCCGCGACGGCCACACCACAAAGUAUCUGUGUUCACCAUGUAUUUUGACCCAAAGAAAGGUGCACCUGUACCCUGCUUACCCCCCUUUUAGUACCACUGUUGAAAAUAAAUUUU